GGACACAGCGCGCGGGCAGUGUGCUUCGCUGUCCGAUUAUACCGAGCACGCGGUGAAGGGAGUCCCGUCGCUUGCCAGCGUGUGCUUCGAGGAACGUGCGGCUUCUAUGCGAGCGAGGAAACGUUGCGUCUCGAAUUGCCUCGCGAUUUGUUGUUUCUCCACGCGAACAGUCGCCGGUGUUAGCAGGCUCGGUGUAGGAUUUGACUCAUCCGUUCGACAUCUAAAGUGUAAAGGAUGUCGGCCAAGGCGAUCAACGAGGCUACGGGAAAGCGGCUGCUCAAUGAGCACCUGGCACCGGGUGCAGCUGCCCCUUGCGAGUUUGCGGUCGUCAAUCCUGACACCCGCUGGGACACCCUGCGCAACAGCCACCCCUGGCUGGCCACACAGAAGCUUGUGGUGAAGCCUGACCAGCUGAUCAAGCGUCGGGGUAAGCUGGGCCUGAUCCAUGUCAAUGGUGACCUGAACAGUGUGCAGGACUGGGUCAAGCAGCGCAUGGACAAAGAGGUCGAGGUUGGACGAGCCAAGGGAUGCCUACGACAUUUCAUCAUUGAACCCUUUUGCAAGCACACCCAGGAGGAAGAGGCAUACGUGUGCAUCUAUUCUCACCGGAAUGGAGACACCAUCCUGUUCCACCACGAAGGAGGCGUUGACAUUGGCGAUGUCGACUCCAAGGCCCUCCGACUGGAGGUCCCCAUCGACCACAAGCCAAGUGCCGACGAGGUGACCAAGGCACUGCUCGGCAAGCUGCCGCAGGACAAGCGCAGCCUGGUGGCCACAUUCAUUUGUUCGUUGUACGACGUCUAUGUAGACCUGUACUUCACCUACCUCGAGAUCAACCCCCUGGUGGUAACGGGUGGCCAGGUGCACAUCCUGGACCUGGCAGCCAAGCUUGACGCCACAGCCGAGUUUGCGUGCAAACAGAAGUGGGGGGACGUCACCUUUCCACCACCUUUCGGGCGAGACGCCACAACAGAGGAAGCCUACAUUGCGGAACUGGACUCCAAGAGUGGUGCAUCACUCAAACUGACGGUGCUGAAUGCCAAGGGUCGCAUCUGGACCAUGGUUGCUGGAGGCGGUGCCUCUGUCAUCUACAGUGACACGGUGUGUGACCUCGGUGGAGCGAGCGAGCUAGCCAACUAUGGCGAGUACUCUGGGGCGCCCACCGAGCAGCAGACCUACGAAUAUGCCAAAGUCAUCCUCGGCCUCAUGACUCACUCGGACAAGCACCCCGACGGCAAGGUGCUCAUCAUUGGCGGUGGCAUAGCCAACUUCACCAACGUGGCGGCCACCUUCAAGGGCAUCGUGAAGGCCUUGCAGGAGUUUAGGGAGCGUCUGGUCGAGCACAGGGUGUCAGUGUUCGUGCGCCGGGCGGGCCCCAACUACCAGGAAGGGCUGCGCGUCAUGAAGGAGGUGGGGCGCACCCUGGGCGUGCCCGUGCAUGUGUUCGGCCCCGAGACCCACAUGACGGCCAUCGUGGCCAUGGCCAUGGGACGGCGCGAGGUGCCCGACAUGCCCGAGCCAAACGUCACCACAGCAAACUUCCUCCUGCCCGGGGGCAUGAAGACCCCGCCCCCUCCCUCGAGCCCCAAGAAAGAAAUGCGGCGUCCCGUGUUUCCAGACCACGCGGGCGAGCAGCCUAGCGGGCCCCUGCAGCCGUGGUUCACCCCUCGCACCAAGGCCAUCAUCUGGGGCAUGCAGACGCGCGCGGUGCAGAGCAUGCUGGACUUUGACUUUGUGUGCUCACGCCCGGAGGGCUCGGUGGUUGCCAUGGUGUACCCCUUCACGGGCGACCACAAGCAGAAGUUCUACUGGGGCCACAAGGAGGUGCUGCUGCCAGUCUACAAGAACAUGGCCGACGCCAUGAAGCGUCACCAGGAUGCCGACGUGCUCAUCAACUUUGCCUCUCUGAGGUCGGCCUACGAGAGCACCUUCGAGACGCUCCAGUACCCCCAGAUUCGCACCAUUGCAAUCAUUGCCGAGGGCAUCCCAGAGAACAUGACGCGCAAAAUGAUCAAGGCGGCACACAGCAAGGGCGUCAACAUCAUCGGCCCAGCCACAGUAGGAGGCAUCAAGCCUGGCUGCUUUAAGAUUGGCAACACUGGUGGCAUGAUGGACAACAUCCUGGCCUCCAAGCUGUACCGGCCUGGAAGUGUGGCCUAUGUGUCCCGAUCGGGAGGCAUGUCUAACGAGUUGAACAACAUAAUCUCUCGUGCCACCAACGGUGUGUACGAAGGUGUUGCCAUCGGUGGUGACCGGUACCCGGGCACCACGUUCAUGGACCACUUGGUGCGCUACCAGGCUGACCCCCAGGUCAAGAUGCUCGUGCUACUUGGAGAGGUCGGUGGCAUUGAGGAGUAUGAGGUCUGUGAAGCGUUGCAGUCUGGUCGACUGAGCAAACCGCUGGUGGCCUGGUGUAUUGGCACAUGCGCCUCGAUGUUCUCCUCCGAGGUGCAGUUCGGGCACGCCGGCGCGUGUGCGAACUCGAGCCGCGAGACGGCUUCUGCCAAGAACGAGGCCCUGGCCAAGGCUGGCGCCCACGUGCCACCCACGUUCGAUGCGCUUGGCGACACCAUCAAGAUUGUGUACGACGACCUGGUGGGAGCUGGUGUGAUCGUGCCCAUGCCCGAGGUUCCACCCCCAACAGUGCCCAUGGACUACAACUGGGCAAGGGAGCUGGGCCUGAUCCGCAAGCCAGCAUCAUUCAUGACGAGCAUCUGUGACGAGAGGGGCCAGGAGCUGCUGUAUGCGGGCAUCCCCAUCACGACCGUGAUCGAGAAAGAGCUGGGCAUUGGGGGUGUGCUGAGCCUGCUGUGGUUCCAGCGCCGUCUGCCCCAGUACGCCUGCAAGUUCCUCGAGAUGGUGCUCAUGGUGACCGCCGACCACGGGCCCGCCGUCUCGGGUGCCCACAACACCAUAGUGUGUGCCCGUGCGGGCAAGGACCUCAUCUCGUCCCUCGUCUCUGGACUGCUCACCAUCGGUGACCGGUUUGGAGGUGCCCUGGAUGCGGCAGCACGCCAGUUCAGCGAGGCAUACGACAGCCGCCAGAUUCCCAUGGAAUUUGUGAACAGCAUGCGCAAGAAGGGCGUCCUCAUCAUGGGCAUCGGACACAGAGUCAAGUCGAUAAACAACCCAGACAUGCGGGUGAAGAUUCUGAAGGACUACGUCAAGAAGCACUUCCCAGCGACGCCCGUGUUGGACUAUGCACUCGAGGUCGAAAAGAUAACCACCUCCAAGAAGCCAAACCUGAUCCUGAAUGUGGAUGGCCUAAUUGGAGUGGCAGUCGUUGACCUGCUGCGGAGCAGUGGCUGCUUCACACCCGAGGAAGCUCAGGACUACAUUGAGAUGGGUGCCCUCAACGGCCUCUUUGUGCUGGGCCGCACUAUCGGAUUCAUUGGACACUAUCUGGACCAGAAGCGGCUGAGACAGGGCCUGUACCGCCACCCGUGGGACGACAUCUCGUACGUGCUCCCCGAGACCGAGGGCUACAACAACUGAGACGACGUUGAAGUACGCACCAGGUUCCCCCCACAGAAGAGAGAGGAGGGGGGCCUAUUUAUUUGCACUCCCAUCCCUCGGUGUUGUGCCUCCCUUCAUGGACUGUGUCACCACCGCCUCGGUUACAAGAACUGUUGUUGCUGCUUUGCCAUUCGACGCCCAUGGUGUGUUGUGCGCCACCCCUGUAGUACUUCUGCUGCCCAUACUUAGCGAGCCGACCCCUUGUUUCUCAACUCAUGUGGUCACACAAGAGCAAGCAAGAAUUGGAAUGGGAAAAAAAAACUACUGGUGGCCGCAAGGUUUGACAUGCUCCUGCAGAGUGCUCGAGUCGCACAAAGCAUUCGUGCUGUUGUGGACAGCAACACACAGGCAAAAUGCAAAGAACUGCUGUGGGUGCACGUUGCUACAGCCUGCCAUGAAAAGUGCACUGUGGUUUGAUCGCUCGGUGUUGCCAAGAAAGCUGGGCGGGAAGAGGCUAGGCCACAACUGGCCACAUCACUGGCCCGUAAGGUGUCUCGCAGUAUUUGCCGUUUAUUCUUGUCACCGAGACCAUUCUCAUUUUCUUUUCCUUGCUAGGCCUAACAACUUCCUUUUUCGAAUGUUUUUCCCUUUUGUGUUUUUAUGACUAACUCUACUGCCCAUUUAUAUGUCAAGUAAAAUUCAAAAGAGAAAAAUCCACAGAAGCUAAGGUACUUUACCAGAGCCCUUGUACCCUGACUAUCUUCAUUGUCCUUGUGGGUUCUGUGGUUUUGGUGCUCCAACACUGCAGUUGCUGCUAAACCUUGUUCACUUCAGUGUGCUGAUGCCGUGUCCCAGUGAUGUCGCGCUUUAAUGCUCUUGUCGGCAUCGGGCUGUCUCAUGCAACUCGGCGAAAGUUUGCCCAAGGUGCUUGCCUCCCCAGCUCGGCUGCUCUGAAGUCGUAUGCCACCUCAACAUUCCAAGCAUAUCAAGAAAAAAAACAUUGUCGUUUGCAUGAACUCUCUUGUCAAAUGUCAUUGUAAGUAUCUUUGUAUGUUUUUCUCCCUGUGAACUUGAGGCAACAGCCAACAUAUGAGCUCAUUGUUGCAGCUGUCCGAAGAUAAUUUUUUAUUUUUGUUACGAAUUGUAUGAGCAUUUUAUGAUAAAAAAGAAACCUAUGUUGCGCCACUGUGAUCUUUUGUGUGUGGAAUGGCAGCAAAUUGUUUUCACGAAGUUGGUGCCAAGUCGUGCUUUAGUGCGGACUUUCAGGUUUUUACACAAAGCCCACUGAUUGGAUUCGACCUUCAAAGAUGUCGUCCACAUAAGCAGGCAGCUCCAAACUAGACCGACUGACCACCUAUUUGUUGUUAGCUGCAAAGUCUGGUUAGGUUCUGUAUUAGAUACACGAGGUGCACCCUUGGUGCUACUCUGAAGGGUCUGCACAGCGAAGCUUGUUCCACAGAAUGGAGGGCCCUUGCUAGGUUUCAAAAUGCGAUGACAAUCAUGCAUUCGCAUCACACGGCUUAUUUUUGUGUGAUCAACACUCCUCUUCCCUUGACACUUGGCCGUGCUGUGGCAUAGUUGUGUACACUUCUGGGGAGAAAUAAAUUUGCCGCCUGGUCCGAAGCCAAGAAAAUGCUGGCUCAAAUAUGGCAACCUUUUGACUAGUCCAGGUGCCUAAGGCCAUAGGUCUUGCUCUAGAAAAACCUGCCUUUGAGGAGAAACGCUCUUGCAAAAUGCUUGCAGUGUCGCUUAACGGCUUUGGUCAGUGUGUCAUCCGGACCGGGUGCACAACCUUUGCACGAUAAGCGUGUGCUACUGGUAACUGUUGAUGUAGUGACAAGAUAGCCGGCAAGUAGGGCCACGGGUAUGUAUGUAGAGUUUGGAACCUUGUGUAGGGCACGCGUUCGCUGCUGUGCUAAGCAGUGCGGCCCAGUCAUUCUGCUGCUGCUGUUGGUGAUAAUGUGCAGUUCUUGUGGCAGUGAAUAAAAUUAUUUGUGGAUGUCUG